AUGAAUGAGUCGAUAACAUCUGACACCAGUGACCAGUCCAGUGACCCCAACCUUAAUUCCACUAAUACUGGAGGCCUGAAAAUCUCAGAAGAAGAGGAGGAAUCCCAGGUUUUGCACGGAACCGGCCAUUGCAAAUGGUUCAAUGUGAGAAUGGGAUUCGGGUUCAUCUCCAUGAGCAACCGAGAGGGAAGCCCCUUGGAGUCUCCGGUUGAUGUCUUUGUACACCAAAGCAAGCUUUACAUGGAAGGAUUUAGAAGCCUAAAAGAAGGAGAACCAGUGGAAUUUACUUUUAAGAAAUCUUCCAAAGGCCUUGAAUCAAUACGGGUAACAGGCCCUGGUGGGAGCCCCUGUUUAGGAAGUGAAAGACGACCCAAAGGGAAGACAGUACAAAAAAGAAAACCAAAGGGAGAUAGAUGCUACAACUGCGGUGGCCUUGACCACCACGCGAAAGAAUGUAGUCUACCUCCACAGCCAAAGAAGUGCCAUUACUGUCAGAGCAUCAUGCACAUGGUGGCUAACUGCCCCCAUAAAACUGUCUUGCAGCAGCCCACUACUUCUCAGGGAAGACACGAAGCUGAACCGCAGCCUUCCACUUCUGCUUUCCUGAGAGAAGGGGGAGGGACGCACGGCUACUCGUCUCCAUCGUACUCUCAGGAGGGCAGGUCGGAGAUCUCGGAGCGCUCGGGCAGGUCACCACAGGAAGCUUCGUCGAGUAAGUUGUCUGCGUCGCCCGAAGAACCAAGCAGAAAGGGGCCUUCUGUUCAGAAAAGGAAAAAAACUUAAAGCAUUUGUUAUAACUUUCCAUUUUCUUUAUCCUCUUGGGAUGUCUACCUCAUGCAAGUACAGGGGAAAUGAUUUCAUAAUCAGUAGCUGACCUUGAAUUUUAACUACUGUUGAGGAACUGUGAAUUUUUGUUCUUUAUUAGACAAAUCACUCCAAGCAAAAUACAUUUGAGCAGGGUGCAUUACGUUUUACCUUCUGUAUGUGUGUGUAUAUGAGUGUGCACGCGCGUGUGUGUUUGUGUAUGUAUCUAUAAAUAUAUAUUUUUUCCAUCAGACCACUCUCUAGCUCCCACAAGACAUUACUGUGAAGCAAUAGGCACAGUAUCCACAAACGUUCCUGAACUCAUUCCUAGUUCACAAACAAGAAAAACUGAGAAAUCUCAUUCAGAAAGAAACCAAACCUGAUAAACCACACACAGAACUGAGAUCAAGACUGUUACUUCUCUUAUGAACCAAAGGAUACUUUCACAUUUUAAGGCUGCCAUAUGGUACUAAAGAUACUAAGACAUCCCCCAUACCAUCAAUUUGAGUUAUUUUCUUUCUCAUCUCUGCAAAGUAUCAAAACCCCUCCCCUCCCUGUGCCCUCACAGGGCAGUGUCAUGACUCAACACGGCUCUCAUUGCCACCACCCUUUGUUGGUAAGGAGUUUAAAGCUCCAGAAAAAGACAAUGAAUGUGUAGUUUCUCUGCUGGUUUCUCAAAACGUUUUGUUAAAUUAAUAUGGUUGUAACUGUAAUUUAGGUGACUGUUGCAUAGGGGAGAAUGUAAAAGUUGUUACCAAACAGACCUUUUUGAGACCCUUUGUAUUCUGUGAACAUUUAGGGGACCUUGGUGGCAGUAGCAGCAGCAGCAGCAGCAGCAACUUCUCUUUGGUCCCAAGUAGCGCCCCUCAGUUUGAAGGGACCACCCCCUUGUUUUCUAUUGACAUGCCAUGGAGAACUCCCUAGGGAUUUUUGUUGUUGUUGUCUGGUUCGGUUUUAAAGAAAAUUGAAUGCAAAGUUAAUAAGAUGCUGGGAUAAAUAGUUUCUUAAGAAUAAAGGUAUAUGGGUAUUUGGGGUUGCUCAGCCAGCCUCCUUUGCUGAUGAUGCAGCAUGUGUACAGUCAAGAAGGACAGGUGUCUGCUGCAGACAGGCCUGAGUGAAGGCACCUGCAAAUUUGCCAGAAGCCCUGGGCAUCAUCUGCUUCUUGUGAACUGGAGACUGUUGCUGACCAGCCUUGGUCCGGAGUGCACUGGGACCACACACUUCUGCAUUAAAGAGGAGAGAGAUUGGUGGCCUCAGAGUGAGACUCCCUGGGCUGCAGCUCUUGCUCGGGGUUAAUAGAGUUGGAGCCUAUCAAAACUUCAAGUCUCUUUCCAUUUGUAACUUCUGAAUUACCAAGUCAUACGUAAGAUAACGUACUUUGACAAAUCCCAUUGCGGAUGAAAGUUAAUUGGAGAAACCUGUAUGAUCCUUAACAUUGGCAAUAAACACAGGCUGUUAAAGCUUGAAAGAGUCGGGUAGGUUUAAGCUCGGAUAAUCAAACUAAAGGAACAGCCUGCCUGAAAGGCUACAGCAAGCCGAAGUCCUACCCAUGGUAACUGUUUUGCAGCUGAUAGUUGCAACAGGUAUUCAGCUGGCUCAUUAUGUGGCCUUCCCCCUCCCAUUGGCCUGCCAGAUGAGACUUUUACUGUUGCUGCUGCUGCUGCUUCAGUAAACAGGUAGUAAUCAAACACCUCAGUGAAGGGCACAAUUUCAAGAAAACUAUUUGUGUGAAUUCCUUGCCAGUGUUUGCGAGAAUCUCAAUGGUUUAUACUGAAGUUCUCAAUAUGCUAAUGCAAAGCUUACCUUUGACGAUAUUGAAUGUGAUAUAUCUAUAGAGAAGAACUUCCUUGCCUUACGUAAGGAAAGUAAACUUAUUUAAAUUAUGUAGACAAAUCAAAGUGGCAUUGCUUAACCUUCUAGCCGGUGUAAAAACCAGGUUAAACAGCAAAGAUGCAAAACUUAGGUCACUUUGAAAAUUUAAACCAAAGUUCCUUAUAGAAAUAGGCAAUUGUGGAUUUGAAAACUGGUCAUUCCCUGUUUAUAUGUAAGAAGUUCAGAGCUGAGAUAAGGAAAUAUUUUCAACAUGCAGAUUUUUUAUUGGUGCUGUUUGAAAUCACUGUGUGCACCAAAGUCAGACUGAACUGCUAAGAGCACAUACCAAACUCUAUCUUAUUGUUGAAAGCUUAAGGUUUUAUUUUUAUAUAUUAGAAUGUUAUCACUAUUACAUAACAUACUCAGGACAAAGAACUUUGCUCAGGGAAUAUACCAUGUAAUGUUGUUUUUUCUUUACAGAAUAGUCUACAGACCUGCUUACUCAGAACAAACCAAAUAGUCUUAGACCUUUUUAUCUCUAUAUAAGUAUUAUGUACUGAUAUUAGUAACUACCUCUGAGUUGACAUAGACCUACAUUUCUGAUAAUCAGAUCUCAGCAUUUUGUAAUGUAAGUUCCUGUGAAAUGAUAAAGUGGUAUUCUGUACUGGUUGCUUAUGUGAGCAUUUGUGUCUUUACAUUCACAGGGUCUGAGUUUUCAGAGAUGCUGGGCAACCGCAGCUCCUACUGGCUUUCAGUUGGAGAUACUGGUAGCUUAGCUUUUCUGG